AUGGGCGGAACCGUGGAAGGCAAACGAUCCAAAGACGUUGAUGUGCUUGAUUGUCGGAGUCACACGUGGCGUCGCGCAGCUGGCCUGACAGUGGCAAGGAAAAGCGCCAAGUCUAGCUUUCUAGACGGGAAGAUAUAUGUAACCGGAGGAGGAGAGGAGGAGUCGGAGAGCUGGGGUGAGGUGUUGGACAUAAAGAGUCAGACUUGGAAGCCAUUGGCUAGCCCUAGCGAGAAGGGAGAGGUGGACUCGGAUCACCAAGUCGUAGUUUUGGGAGGAAGGCUAUGCGUAAUCACAAAACAGAAGAAGAAGUAUGCAUAUGAUCCGAAAGAAGAGAGAUGGGUGGAAGAUGUGGUGGGGUUUGUGGGUCUAGUAGAACCUGUAAUAACUGGACCUUGUUGCGUCAUAGACAAUGUCUUGUUUGCGGAACAUGGCCGUAGGAUCAAGUGGUAUGACUCAAGGUGUGGAGAUUGGUUAAUGGUUGAAGAUUUGUCACGUCUGUAUGGGCAGCGUUUACGUAAGACCGUAACGGUUCAAUUAGUUAACCAUGCGGGGAAACUGGUAAUUAUAUGGCACCAGCGGACACUGUUUAUGGAUCGGAGGAGGAUUCAACCAGACAGGAAUAUAUGGUGUGCGGUGAUCAGGUUGGAGAAGCGUGUGGAUCCACUCGGAACCAACAUUCGGGGGCACGUUGAACAGUGCAAUGCUGUUGUGUAUGAUACCUACAAGUCGUUUAACCUCCUGACCUGCCAAUCGCUUUCCAUGUGA